AUGGGCUUUGGCCCACAAAAAAUGGGAGAAUCGGGAAUGGGAUCUAUUUUGCUGAAGGAAAAAUAGCAUUCUGAUGGUGUUGUUUAUGGUGAUAUAAAUCUACCUUAUGGAGUAAUUGUAGUUGGUGGCAACGGCUGCUAAUUCAAAGGUAAUGUAAUUGCUGGAACAAUACAGAUAGGUGGAGGACUAUGA